AUGAAACGGUUUACACUGCUGGCUUUAUUAUUGGUUGCCAUCUUAUACAUUAGCCAAUCAGAAUCAAAGUGUCAAGGUGUAACAAAGUGUAUGGUGAAUUUAUUUACGUGUAAAAGAGAACAAAUUUCAGUGAACAUUGCUGCAGAUUGUUGUAAAGAAUAUUUUGAAUGUUUUAAUGAAUGCAAACCAGGAUCCAGACCCCCAUGUAAGAAUACGGCACCAGGAAAGCGAGGAAGUUGGAAUAAACGAUACAGUUCAAGAUAUGGUUCAGAUAUAUUGGGAGAUAUCAUCAGUGGCUACUAA